UAAAUAAAAAGUCUCUGUAGUCUGCGACGGCUGAUUGCGAAGUUUAGGAAAACGAACGAUAAAUAAUUUUUUCUUAUAUUUUAAUCCGAAAUGCAGUAAAAGAAUCUCGAUCCGAUAAUGGAUUGUGUGUCAAAACUCCAUUACCAUUGUCCGGUGUGUUCCGGAGUAUUCACGAGGUUCAUUAUUUUCGAGGGACAUCUCACAUUUUCCAGACAAUGUCGCGAAAAUAUCGGUUCUUACAUGCAGGGCUAUGCAUGCAAAAGAGAAUUCAAACAUUUAGCUGCGCUAAAAUAUCAUCUACAACACCAACAGCAAGAAUGUCUUGUCGUCUACGAGGCAAAAGAAAAAAACAAUUUCAACUUUAUUAAUGAGAACAGCUCAUUAGAAGUUUGCGAUGUGAAUUAUGGAGGAACUGCUGGAAGUGAUGUAGCCCGACAGACACAUGUAUCCGAAGAAUUGAAAUUGAAAAGUUUUUACUGCGGCGUUUGUGGAAAAGGAUUUACAACAAAGAUCGAUCUAAUCCAACAUUCGGCUACACACUUUACUGGCACUGUUGCCGUUGUUAAUAAGAAUAAAUCCCAAACUUCCCAUGCUCGCACAUUGACAAAGCUAAAGGUACCACUUGAUCGUUCAUUUCAUCAAUGUCAAGAGAACCACAGGAAAAUUCAUGGAAAUGUGGUAGAUGAGCAAACUGACUUUUCACUUCUAGGAAAAAUAAUUGAAGGUCGCGUUAAUCAAUGUCGACUCUGCAAAGCUAAAUUUGCGCUGUAUUGUAACUUAAAACGGCACAUGACAGUACAUACAUUCGGCACGAUAUCUUGUGAUAUUUGUAAAGUUAUGUUUACACGAAAUUCUUUGAUUUGGCAUCAGAAAGUGUUCCAUUCUAACAACAUCAAAAAGAUCGUAAAAAGAAACCAAACCAGCCCAUCAAACUUAUCUUUAAAAAGGAAAAAUAUUGAAGCUCGUGGCUAUCAAUGCGGACUCUGCAAAGUUACUGUUCGCUUCCUUCUAAACUAAAACAGCACAUGACGGU